UAAUGAUCUAACAGCUCAGUGUUGAUUCAGUUAGUGAUAGCUACCGGCUACCACCUAACAGGGACUCCACAACUUUUUCAAAAAUACACAGCCAGGGUGGACAGCCAGUGACUGAAGUGUCUGCUUUACUGGAAGUGCUCGAUCUACACAAACAGGGGAGACUUGGAAAUGCCACAACCUUAACCCACGGCCCUGCAGAGGUACAGGAACACCCAGUCGCUUUAAACAAAACCAAACCAUGUUCUGGUUGUACAGGCUGCUGCAGGAGAUGUCCCAGUCUGAGCUGUUUAAUGAGAUUACAGUUAAAAUGACAGAGAGUCUAUCCCUCAUUUUGCAGUGGUCUCUUCCCCCAGCCGUUUUGUUCCGUGAUCCAAAUGCCACGGUUUCAGUUUCGGUUUUUGUCAUUCCCAAUGGCGGCUGCUUUACCUCCCGAGUGGUUGGAAGAGGAGUUAACGUGCCCCGUCUGCCUCCAAAUCUACACCGACCCGGUGAUACUGAACUGUAAGCACAGCUUCUGCCGAACUUGUAUUGAGGAGUCCUGGAGAGAGCCAGAAUCUGGCACUUAUUCCUGCCCAGAAUGCAGAGCAAAUUACAGAGAGAGGCCUGCUCUGAAAAGGAAUUUCAAACUGGCAAACAUAGCUCUGAAAUACCAGGCAGUGAAUGGAACCCCAGUAGCUUUACCCUGUAACUACUGCAGUAAGAAAAAACUAACAGCUGUCAAAACCUGCCUGAAAUGUGAGGCCUCCAUGUGCUCCAAACAUCUCAAACAUCACAGAGAGAACGCUGUCUUUAAAAACCAUCCCCUCAUUGAUCCCACUGCAGACAUGUCUACAUGGAAGUGCAUAGAGCACAAGAAACUGUUGGAGAUUUACUGUAAGGACGACAAAGUGUGCAUCUGCUGUCUCUGCCCUGUCGUGGGGAAACACAAGAGCCAUAAUUGUGUCAGUAUCGGUGAGGGGGAACAGGAACUGCGGGACCACUUGCAGCAGCAAAUCGAAAAAGUCCGAACAAAUACAACCUCAAUCCAAGCUGCCCUUGACCAUCUCCAAACACAGAAGGAAAGUACCCAGACUCUGAUCAGAGAAACCAAGCUCCAGAUUCAGGAGAAGUGUAACGCAGUGCGGAAGUAUUUUGAGAAUGAAGAGAAAGAAGCAUGUAAAUAUCUCGACAGGGUUCAGAGGCAUGUGACUGGGGAAAUUGAUGCACGGAUACUUGAACUGGAAAACAAAAUGGAAGACUUUGAGAAGAAUUUGUCUGAUUUCAGUGACCUUUUAACCAAGAAUGAAAAGCUGAUUUUUAUACAGGGAUUUAAUUCAAUGGCAUUGAGAAUAAAAGAAGCAUCUGAACCACUAGCCCCACAGCCACCUCCACCUGAUGUCAACAAAAUAACAGCGGAUAAGAUCAACUGGGUACAGAAACAGUAUGAAGCGGUCUCCCAGCUCGAGAGAGAUCGCGACAUAAUGGCAACUGUGUAUGGACAGACACCGACUCUGGAUGUGGAGACCGCUCAUCGCAGUGUCAUUCUGUCAGAUGAUAAGAGGGUCGCAACUGGAACCCAGUACAGACAACCCUACCCCGCCAACCGGAAGAGGUUUGACACCUGGGGCCAGGUGCUGUGCUCCGAGGGAGUCAACAGUGGCCGCUCCUACUGGGAGGUGGAGAUUGCUGGAGUCCGUGGCAAAUGGGCAAUUGGUGUAUGUUAUGGAAGCAUAAAGCGAAAGGGCCGGGAUAAAGAGUGUGUGCUGGGGGAGAGCAGUAAGUCGUGGAUUGUAUGCUCCGAGAGUAACAGUAAUCUGUGGAGUUACUUAUCAAGGUCCACCUCUGUUUCAGCCCAGCAUAAUGGUAAUAUCACAGACCUAGCUGUCAAAAUAUCCUCUAAAGUGGGAGUGUUUGUGGAUUUUGAUGCUGGAAUAAUCUCCUUUUACAGUGUAUCAGGCAACAAACUAAGCUUGAUAUGUACUUUCCAGCAGCAGUCAUUCUCAGAGACUCUCUACCCAGCUCUGAAAGUUGGUGACUGGAGCACCUCUCUGACUCUGUGCUCUCUCACCUGAUUCCUUUCUCAACUUUUAUUAAGCUUUUAUUCUUUUAAUAGUUCCCUUAUAAAAAAGGAAGACCAUCAGUUGGAAUGAACCAAAGUUGUUCCCGUUAACAUUAUAACCCCCAAAUACCUCGGAUCUUGAGGGGCCAAUCAGUAGCAUGAUGGGCUGACCUUGCUGAAUUCUGCUGGACUAGUUCACUGACUACUUAAGAUAGGUUCCCACCGUCUAGAAAGCCACACAAUCAGUAAUGCUCCAGGAAAAGUUAGAGAAGAAAUUAGGAAAAUAUACCAAAAAUGGUCCACUGUAUUCAAGAACCAAAAUCCAGCUAAAUAUCUCAACUUUGGCAGAAAGAAGUGCACAAGUGGGGGUGGAAUUUAUUUUGGGUGGCAGAGAAGAAUAAGCAUUAAUUAAAUCCUCUCAUUCCACGACCACAGUUUUCUAUUCCAUUCACCUCUCCCAUUUCAUGCAGAGGAGGCACAGUGGAGAUUGCCCAGAGAACUUGAGUGUUGCUUUGGACUCUCAUUACCACAAAUUUUAGUUACAAAUGAAGUACCGUUUUCUGUAACCUGAAGAGGUAUUUGAAAUAUCACCAGCAAUGUCAAAUUUCUGUUGAAGUACCCUUUCCUAUCACUAUCCUUAUCCAUCACUCACCCAGUCUGUUUCUAUUACGCGUGGAUUGUGGAUUCUUUUUGAUGCUGAUUGUAGUGAAGAAGGUUUUUCUGCACUAUUAUUUAUCCAGCUUAACUUUCAUUACUUUCUCAUUCUGAGGGCUGGGUUAGAUACGAUGCGUCAAAUGGCUUCCUCUAUGCGUUUUUCUCUCCAAAUCCAGAAAUGUUGUUACAUACAACAAUGUGUUUUUCUCAUUAUCAAAUUACCUGUGAUUUUUUUUUUUAAACCUAUUAACCACCAACAAAAAUCACCCCUGUUUUCCAGUUGAUUAAUUUACAUGCAAAGCCCAUUAAGGGAAAUGCAGGAUCUGGGAAAUACAGGGUACCCUAUGUCUGUGGAGAAAGUGAGGUCUGCAGAUGCUGGAGAUCAGAGCUGAAAAUGUGUUGCUGGAAGCCUUCCAUAUC